AUGUCGUACUCGCGCGUGCCGGACGGCGCGCAGAGCCCGUCGGGCCCACCGACCCAGCCUCCAGCCGCCUUGCACCAGCUUCCCCAGCCCGUUGCAUCGUCGAGUAGGAACCCGCAACUCGGUCCCAACCCAUACUUCCGCUAUCCGACGCCGACGCCGGAGCAGAUCGACGAGGAGCUCCCGCCGUAUUGGGAGACUGAGAAUGUGGCCCUCGGACCGAUGCUGGACCGUCUUUCUCGUAAGGGAUAUGGCGACAUGAAGGUGCUCGUCGAGCAGACGCUGCCCCCACUCGCGAUGCGACAGAAGCCGAAGCAGAUCAUCGAGUACGCCAAGACGACGAGGCAGGCGGUGCUCAAGUAUCUCGCGCUGCUGCGAUGGAAGGCAUCAGUCGACAUGCCGAGCGCGCCGACGACUGCCCCGCCCGCCGCUGUCGGCGCGCACUCCUUCCCGACCCCACACUCAAACGGCGAGUCCAACGACACAAGCCCGUCUUCCCUCCCGAUUAAGAAGCCGGAGGAGCAGCAACGCGGCAAGGUGACGGACGCAAGGAGGAUACAGCAGUUCCUCGAGCACCAGAACGCCCAGCACGAGGCUGCGAUUGCACACAUUCGGCAUGUCACGAGCAUGGUCGAGACGCUGCGAGAGCGCAACGCCGACCUUCUCACAGCCAUGUCCCUCCGAAGCGCGGGCAACUACACCCGCCUUCCGAGCAUGCUCGAGGAGAGCUUUGUGCCUCGCCCAAAGCUGAAGCCCGCCAAGGUCCUUGACACUGUCGAGAAGCUUAACAAGCACCUGCUCUACCGGUUACGAUGCGUCGACUACCUGCCCCCGAGCCUAGUCGUCGAGAAGGUCGCCGACGGACGGGCAUACGUUCGCGGCGGCGGCGAGGCGGGAUGGCGCGCGCAGCUGACAGUCGCCGGCUUCGACGACGACGCGCGGUGGUGGCUUACGGGAGUCGAGUGGGAGUGGACAGCCAAGGGCCAGAAAAAAGGCUUCGCGCCGGACGAGCGACAGCAGAUUCUCGACAUGGUGAACAAGGACAUUCUCGAACCGCGGCCGAUACCGGAAGGCAAGGAGGGGUCGGUGGACGCGCCGCUCGUGCGCGUGACCAACUUCCUGCAGCACCUGUCGCUCUCGUACCAGCUCGAGGUGCUGUUCUCGCAGGCGCUCACGCUCUCGCAGCAGACAUACCGGAAUCAGCUCAUCGUCGACAUUGACCGCACCAAGAAGGAGCUCACACUCAAGUAUUGGGUUCGUCCGCGACAGGCAGCGCCUGGCCAGAAGCGACCAGGAGGGCCGAGCACGCCGAUCGUCGGGGGAAUCAUCACAUUCGCGAUCACGGAAAGUAAGACGCCGAUCAGCGACACGGAGCGUCUUCUCCGCGAAGUGUCCGCUGGCACAGACGUGCCUGCCGAUCGCCCGGUCGGGCUCGAGCUCUCGGUGAAAUGGACGGUCGGGGACGCCGGUACCGGCGGCGGCCUCAAGGCUGGCAACCAGAUGGACGGAUCGCUGCUACGGAUCGACUCGGCUGGACUCAGCAUGAAGGAGAUCCUGGGGACAGCGACAAAGGCCCACGCCUCGUUCAUUGCGCGCUCGACGUUCUCACCAUUGCUCGCGAAUCCCCGCCUGGCUCUCGACCCGCUCAACCUUCCCAAACUCAUCGAGUCCGAGUCCGCCGCCCGCCCGGUGCAGUUCAUCAUCCCGCUCCCGCCCGCGCAGGGCGCGGCCCACUUCACCGUGUCCGUGUCGGCGACGACUGGUCUUAUCGAGAUCGAGGAUAGCAUGAAGGACAGCGGCCAGGUGCUCGAGAACAAGCGCCUGUUACAGACCAAGCUCGCCACUGCGUCGGUCAAUGAUCAAAAGACGCGCCUCGCCGACGACCUGCACCGACUGAUCACAGCCGUGAUCCUCGAGACGAUCGAGGACAAGAUGCGGCAGCUGGGCAUGCAGCCGACGCGGCGCAUCCCGCUGCGCUCGCACGAGCUCACCAAGACGGACCUGCAGCCGUCGUCUACCAUCUUCGUGCCUCUCGCCGUGAGCCAGUCGCACUACUUUGUGUCCAAGAUCACGCCAGAGGGCGUGGCGUACGAGCUGCUGUGGCUGCUCCGCGUCCCGAUGGAGAAUGGCGGAUAUCGCAUGGCUGUCGGGGAUCGGACGCCGAUCGACCUGCAGAAGCUGAUGGAGCGGCGGCGGACAAAGGCGCACAAGCGGGCGCGGGACGAGGACGAGGUGCAACAGGCGAGCGACGCCUGGAACGACGCCCAGGACGCGCAGGCGCAGGCGGUCAAGUGCCGCUUCGACGUCAAGGCCAAGGACCUGCGCGACAUGUUCUUCUACUGCAACGCGCUCGUCGCACAGACCAUUGUCGAGCAGCAGCUCAAGGACCGCGGCAUCCCCUACAUUCCGCGGUAUCCGGAUGAGUCCGACUUCCCUGCGCCGUUCAGCCGCUCCGCCCUCGCCGGCAUGGUGCCUUACAUCUGCGUGAACGCGAGCGAGCUGUUCAAGGACGGGCGUGCAACGGAAGUCGCUGCGCCGCAGGUCUACUUCGUGCUGAAGGACUGGUGGAAGGGAUCCAAGUGCAGUGUCGAGACGAUUGUGCGCCUGCAGCAGGCGUCAAUGAGCAACGACGAGGCGGCCACGAGCGGCGUCGACCCGGCGAGCUCUUCGGCAUCCCGCGCCGAAGGGAUCAAGUACGACCAGGCAACGUCAACGGUGCGUUUCCACGCGCCCAAUAUUGCCAAGUGCGUCCCCGACUUCCUCGAGCAGUGGGAGCGCCUGUCCAAGGUCAUCAUUGUCGCCGGCGAGGUCAACCGCCUCAACAAGACCGAGGCGUACCGCGACGUGCGCAUGCUGAGCUUCGACCUCUGCACAGCGACGCUGCAGUACUGGGACGGGUUCCAGGUCGCAAUCACAUACACGCCUACCAGCGACUCGUAUGAGGUGUCCUUUUUCAAGAGCGACGAGAGCGCGAGCCCGCACCAGCUUCUUGCGCCUCUGUUGUCGCACCACCUGAACGAGCUCACCGCGCAGCCGUCGUACGUGCGCGACGCGCUCGGCAGCAACGGGAAGCAGUUCAUCAGCCUGCUGCGCGCAACCCUCCCCCUGUUGCUCGAGCAGGAGGCGCUGCGGACGCAGAGCGCGAGCGAGUUCCCCGCCCUAGUCGUGCGCUCCGUGUUCGACUACCGCUUCGUGUGGGACCAGUUUGGGACGACCCGCUUCGCGCUCGACAUCACGCUGAGCGGUAACUGCCGCAGCUUCCUGCUCUCGGACGGCGCGCGCCCGCGUCCGCCCAGCGUGCAGGUUGACUUGAGCUGCGGCGUGCUCACGCCGAUUCCAAACUUUGACCGCGUCGUGCAGAAGGGAUACCAGGCCGCGCGGCUCGCCAAGGUCGCCACGCCAGCGAGCAUGAGUACCCCCGGCGCCGCUGUUGCGAUGACGCCGAAAACGCCCAAGACGCCCGGCGCCGGCACGCAAGGGAAGGACGCGCGCACGCCCAAGACGCCCGCAAAGGUCCUCAUCGCCAAUGGGCGCGCGGUCGGCAUGCCCCUCCCCCCCGCCAUCAAGCUCGACAACGGGGCCACGCUCAUGUGCGCCGCCACCGUGCUCCAGGACGUGCUCCGCGCCAUGGUCGCCGAGAUUGAGACGCAGGUCGCGGCGUAUCAGGCAAAGUAA